CCUCGGCUCGGCCUCGGGAUGCCACCGAACUCCAUGAGACCGAGGUGGCUGGCAGGCUCGGUGGAGCUCGGCUCAUUGACAGCCCUCCCCCACCUUUGCUCUCCCUUCCCUGGCGGCGACGACUGGGCGAGCGCUUUGCCGGCGACGAGCGCAUCCUCCAGGUGGAAGAUACUUGGGUUAGUCAGAGCAUAGACCAAGGGGGUGGAUUUUGAAGUUGAUUUUCCAUAGGAUGGAAUCCUUGUGGAAGCUGACCUACUUGCUCGAGCCUGCAUCACUUGCUCUCAUUGCCACAGCCAUUUCGGUGGCCUAUGCAUCAGCAUCACGUGCUCUGGACUAUGGCAAGGAGAUGGAGAGGAACUUGGAUUUUUCAGAGGCUUCCAUUACAUUGGACCGGUCGCAGGCUCUAAUGAUUCCCCUUGCAAGCUCAUGCAGUCUGUUGCUCAUGUUCUACCUGUUCUCAUCUGUCUCACAUCUCGUGACUGCUUUUACCACUGUGGCCUCAGCGAUGGCACUCUUCUUUUGCCUGUCUCCAUACGUUACCUACCUCAAGACGCAACUCAAUCUAAUGGAUCCGUUCGUGUCCAGGUGUUGUUCAAAGUCGUUUACCCGGUUGCAAGGUUUGCUCAUGCUCUUCUGCAUAGCCACAGUGUUAGCCUGGCUGGUUUCAGGGCAUUGGUUGCUAAACAACGUUCUGGGGAUUUCCAUAUGUAUAGCAUUUGUCAGCCAUGUGAGGCUUCCCAACAUAAAGAUUUGUGCAUUGCUUCUGGUAUGCUUGUUUGUGUACGAUAUUUUCUGGGUCUUCUUCUCAGAGAGGUUCUUUGGAGCAAAUGUUAUGGUCUCUGUUGCCACGCAGAAGGCAUCUAAUCCUGUUCACACAGUAGCAAACAAGCUUAGUCUGCCUGGGUUGCAGUUAAUUACAAAGAAGCUGGAGCUUCCAGUCAAGCUUGUUUUUCCCAGAAAUUUGUUGGGUGGGAUUGUUCCAGGAAGCAGUCCUGGUGAUUACAUGAUGCUUGGCCUUGGAGACAUGGCUAUUCCAGGGAUGCUUCUAGCCCUUGUACACUUCUUCGACAACCGGAAGCACAAAGAUGCGAAUAUUCCAUCAGACAUGUCUCCCUCGAAGCGGCGAAACUAUGUUUGGUAUGCCCUAACAGGGUAUGGUGUAGGCUUGGUAGCUGCAUUAGCUGCUGGGGUAUUGUCUCAAUCUCCCCAGCCUGCCUUACUCUACCUGGUCGCGCCCAUCACAGCAGUCAUGGCCUUACAAGCUACAGUGCCACACUCUUAUAGCACACUUGAUGUAGUUUCUGACAGAGGUUGUGGCUUUCAGGUGCCAUCGACACUGGGGCCUGUCAUGUACUUGUCAUGGUUAAGGAACGAGCUGUGGGAGCUGUGGGAAGGAUCUGGGCCGAUUCUAAACGAGAAAGCUCGUUUGUUGGAGGUCUAAGAUCCAAGGGGACCAUAAAAAAUCGGCUCCCGCCAAGAUGUAAUCUAAUUUAACAUUACUUCAGCUCCUCAUACCGAGGAGAGUAUUUAUAAGCUAGAAUGGUCGCUGCUGCUUUCCUCGCAAGAGGAAGCACAUAUGUAUCACCUAACUGCUUGUAAUAGAAAGGUUCAAUGCAUUUCAGCUUUUACCCUUGGAUUU